CUCGGGACUGAAUGCUGGCCACUCCAUAACACAAAAACCGACUUCUAUAAUUUUAUCUUACGGUGUGCAGCCUCGCAUUAUCAUGGAUAAAAAUAAAUUCGUCUUCAAAGUAGUAAGGUACCACAUGACCUGUUAAAAUCCCCUUAAUGUACCUUGCACCCGUCAAACUUCCUCUUCCGUGACCACGGUCUAGAAAUUGCACCCCAGAUCAUGCAGGAAUCAACCUCAUUAGGAACCCGCUCUUCAAUGCAGCAUUCCGCAAAUCGCUCUCUUGGUCUCCAGUACACUUAUCUUCUUCGGUGGCUACCAUAGAGGCACAUUCUGGUCUCAUCUAAGAACAGAACGGACCACCUAUGUCCAGUUCAGAUGAUUCCGUGCAAAACGCAGUCGUGCUUUACGAUAAGCUGGGGCCCAAACCCCUUCAACUAACAGCUGGAAAAGAGGCCCUUUUAAUAGAGAAUGAAGAGGUUUUUAGAAAAAACGGUUUUAUUUUUGUAAUUGACAAAAAUGAGUUAAAUAAGUUAAAGAAAACCGAGUUAAUAGAAAUUUUAACAUUGAAAAAAGUGCCUGCCAGUUCUGUGAGCAAUGAUAUAGUUACUAAUUUUGUUAAAGAACUGUUUUCCACGGAAACUGAAAGUGAACCAGAGUCGACAGUUACCUGUGAAAAAAACUCAUACUAA